GGGCUGGCUUCCAUAACUGUUAGAUGUUGUUGCUGCAGAACUGAGUUUCCUCUGUAACGAGAUUUGAACACAAUGAAAAACGAAGAAGCAGCAGCUAUUAUGGAAUCUAUUUCUAAUGCUUGGUUAAAGGAUUAUUACUCUGGAAAGUUAGAUGAAUUGAUUCAAAACUAUUUCCAUACUGAUGCUGUUGUUGUCCAGAAAGGGGAGAAUGCGGUAUAUGGCAGGAAAAUCAUAACAGAAAUGUUCGGCAAAAUGGAAGAAGAAUAUGGAAAAGUCAAAUUUGAAAGGAAGAACGAAAAAUGCUGCGGUUGUGACAGCUGUAUCUGCGUGUCUUGUGAUAUCAUUAUAGAAUCGCCGAAAAAAGGCAAGGAAUUCGGAAAAUCGUUUCAAAUUUGGAGGAAAGAAGGCGGUAAAUGGAAAUGUUAUCACGACGAGUUUGAAAUGAUAAAAAAUGAGACCCACGUUUGAAUGUUCAAGAGCCAGAGUUUUCGUAUUUGCGAUACAUUUUUAGUUUGUUCCAGAUGAGCAUUACCUUUCUGCUGUUCUCUAUCCUAACAGCUUCUACAUAUUAGGUCCCAUCCGAUUUUCGUUGUCUUGUGUUCCAAGC